GGAAUAGCAGGGUUGCUUAGCGACGACGACAUUGUUUUUUCGUCUGAAAGUCAGUCCAACUGAAAAGCACGUGCGAAAACUCUUGUGUCUUGACAAUGUUUGAGACAAUCCAAAUCUUGCCGUUGAUCUAAUCAUCAAGCCUAAAUUUCUAGCUGAAAAGAUGGAAAUUGAAAGGGAUGUAGUCUACAAACAACUUGAAAGUGAAGACAAAUCGACAAGACGAGCAGCUUUGCUUGAUCUCAAGAAACGAGCAGAAAAACGACAAAUCGACAAACAAUUACAGUCUGAUCUGUUUGAUCCACUUAUCAAAAUCGUAUCCAGUGAUAAAGUUGACAGCCUGAGAGAAUCUGCUUCCCUAGUUUUACACGCAAUUACUACUCAUGGAAGCAUUAGUAACACACAAUUUCACGACAUAGUCAAUGUUUCAGUUGAUCGUUUUGAGGUGGAGCCAUCUGAAGAAAUUCGCUUGACAUUAGCCAGAAUGAACCUUGCAGCCAUACUCAACCAAAAUGGACAACCAGUUUACCUUGAAAACUUAGAUAAGUUGACACAGUUGGUAAAACUGAUGGUUAGAGAUCGUUUUGGAGAAGUUGUCAAAGAAGCCUGUGAAAUCAUCGUUGCCUUGUCUGAGAGAAAUGAGUAUUUUAGAUUGCAAGCUGAUUACUUCGUUGAACCACUGAUGCAAAACGUCAAAAGCCAGCCAAUGAAAGUACGAUUAAUGUGUGUCAAAGCCCUCGAGCCUGUGAUGAUUUAUUCACCUCUGACCAUUCCAAACAUUGCACCUCAACUGGAAAUGUUCUGGUCUGAGAGCAGCCCAAUCGUAAAACUUGCCAUGGUUCACACUAUUGGCAAAGUUUCACUUGCAAUUGAACCAGACGAUCAAAAUUUCCACUUUUUGUUUCCUCUGAUUCUUCUGGGGAGAUGCAAUGAAUUUAACGAAGUCAGUGAAGAAGCUGAAAGGAUGUGGGGGACGCUAACAAAUCAACCAGAAUUUCAUCGUCGAUUUGAGAAAUGUUUCAGCAAACUGAUUUCUAAAUUACUUGCAGACACCGAAAAUUGGAAUAAUGAUCUCAGAAUUCAGUCAGCUCAACUCAUUUACCAAUUCGUACGUGAAAUACCAGAUAGGAAAUUAGAACUGUCUACUAUUAUGGAAAUCCUAAUAUUUCAGUCGGGCGAUGACCAAGCUUCUGUUCGCAAUUGGGCAUGCAAAUCAGCUCGUCUCAUUGGUGAAACGUGCGCAUUAGAAGCUCUUUCAUGGCUUUCCGACCAAAAACAAGAAGAAAUUGAUGUCACUGGCACAUCGGGCCUAACCAUUUACAGUCAUAUUGUUCAUGGAUUCCUCAAUGCAGUACAGUCCGAUUAUCCUGCACGUACCUUAGAGCUUUGCGUUCAAUUGGCCAUCAAAUUCAGCUCUUUAAAGGAUAUUUCCUUACUCGAAUGCCUGGAAACGUUGGUCGAAAAAGAUUUGGGAAUCUCAGUCGAUUUGAUGAAUCAACUACUGUCCGUCGCCUUGUCUCUCGAAGGAUCAGACCAGCCCGAUUUUCUUGCAAGGAAAAUGAGUAUGCUGCAGCUAGUGGCUUCCCGUCUUUGUUACUCGAAUAUUAACGCAAUGGUCCAGCAAAAAUUACCUUCCGUUCUCGCGUCGGAAGCCGAUCCAUUAAAAUGGACUAUAACAUCAUCGUCGUGGAAGAUUUUACAAUUCAUUGCCAGAGAUAUGAAAAUGAUUGACAAUUUCGUUUUUGAUUUACUCUGCCAAACUAUCGCAGCUACCCAAUGUCCUGAAAUCAAACUGAAGAGCUUCAACAUGUUGACUGGAUCUAUGGACCAUGUUCAAUGCACCGAUCCAGCACAGUUCCAAGCCAUGUUACUGGCUAAUGUCAAAUGGAAACCCGGUCGUUCUGCAUCAGUUUUGCGAUCUUCUGCUGCAUUGUGCGCGUAUGCAGCUGUCCAGCAUCACAAACUCGAAAUCAUUCCAUCUAAUAUCGACGUUAUAGCCAAUUCGUUUGUGGACUUGGUGGAAGACGAAGCCAUCAAUACUCGACUCGCAGCCAUCAGAAUAAUUCAACGUUGCUUAAUCGCUGGACGACCUGCCAAUUUGGACUCUAUACUGACAACUCUGAUGGGUCGCUUAAAUGACAUCUCUAAAGAUGUUCGUCAAGGAGCCAUGACUGGACUGAGAGAUGUGUUUAUUCAUUGGCGAGGACAAGGGGCUCCUUGUGCCAUGGAGACAAAGUUUAUCAAUCUCGUCCGCGUGCUGGCGCGUGAUGACGACCUACCUUCCAAAACGUUUGCUGAUGGAGUUUUGCAAUCAAUGCUUGUCGAUUUGAGUAAAAUGGACAUAACAGGUGAAAAGGGAUCUGAAGUUGAAUGAGUUCAUUCUGAUGGAGACGGACUAGAUUGAAGAUCGUUAUUACAAUUUUCUUUAUCAUCUU